CCACCUUCGCUUCCUCUCUUUCACGACUUUUUUUAAAAACUCCUAACAAAAAUGGGAAAGGAAAAGGCCCACGUUAACGUUGUCGUUAUCGGCCACGUCGAUGCCGGUAAAUCCACCACCACCGGUCACUUGAUCUACAAGUGCGGUGGUAUCGACAAGCGUACCAUCGAAAAGUUCGAGAAGGAAGCUGAUGAACUCGGCAAGGGUUCCUUCAAGUAUGCCUGGGUCCUCGACAAACUCAAGGCUGAGCGUGAGCGUGGUAUCACCAUCGAUAUCGCCCUCUGGAAGUUCGAGACUCCCAAGUAUCUCGUCACUGUCAUCGAUGCCCCCGGUCACCGUGACUUCAUCAAAAACAUGAUCACUGGUACCUCCCAGGCUGAUUGUGCUAUCCUCGUUAUUGCCGGUGGUACUGGUGAAUUCGAGGCUGGUAUCUCCAAGGAUGGUCAGACCCGUGAACACGCCCUCCUUUCCUUCACCCUCGGUGUCCGUCAGCUCAUCGUCGCCGUCAACAAGAUGGACUCUACUAAGUGGAGCGAGGACCGAUUCAACGAAAUCGUCAAGGAAACCUCCAGCUUCAUUAAGAAGGUUGGUUACAACCCCAAGACUGUUGCCUUCGUCCCCAUCUCUGGCUGGCACGGUGACAACAUGAUUGUCGAGACCACCAACAUGCCCUGGUACAAGGGCUGGUCCCGUGAGACCAAGGCUGGUGUCGUCAAGGGUAAGACCUUGCUCGAUGCCAUCGAUGCUAUCGAACCCCCCGUCCGCCCCUCCGACAAGCCCCUCCGUCUUCCUCUCCAGGACGUCUACAAGAUUGGUGGUAUCGGUACUGUGCCCGUCGGUCGUGUCGAGACCGGUAUCAUCAAGGCCGGCAUGGUCGUCACCUUCGCUCCCUCCAACGUCACCACUGAAGUCAAGUCCGUCGAAAUGCACCACGAGCAACUCGCACAGGGUAACCCCGGUGACAACGUCGGCUUCAACGUCAAGAACGUCUCCGUCAAGGACAUUCGCCGUGGCAACGUCGCCUCUGACUCCAAGAACGACCCCGCCAAGGAGGCCGCCUCCUUCACCGCCCAGGUCAUCGUCCUCAACCACCCUGGUCAGAUCGGUGCUGGCUACGCUCCUGUCCUCGAUUGCCACACUGCCCACAUUGCUUGCAAGUUCGCCGAGCUCAAGGAGAAGAUCGAUCGCCGAACUGGCAAGUCUCUCGAAGACUCUCCCAAGUUUGUCAAGUCUGGUGAUGCCGCCAUCGUCAAGCUCGUCCCCAGCAAGCCCAUGUGCGUUGAGUCCUACAACGAGUAUCCUCCUCUCGGUCGUUUCGCUGUCCGUGACAUGAGGCAGACCGUUGCUGUCGGUAUCAUCAAGUCCGUUGAGAAGACCGAGAAGUCUGGUGGCAAGGUCACCAAGUCGGCUGAGAAGGCUGCCAAGAAGAAGUAAACUAGAUGUAGAAACACCCUUUUGUAUCACCACCUCGUUCUCGUUUUUACCUCGUUUUCUUCAUUUUCGGUUGCUCAUCUGCAUUGUGUCAUUACCAUCACGCCUGUAUUUUUGUAACGAUCACGAACAACGGCGAUUUCUUUUCGUCUCAUGGCCCGCCAUCGUUUAAAUUGUCAGUCCUCC